AUGAUAACAUCACCAUCUACAGUUUUGUUUGUUUCAAUUAUUAUUAAUAUGUCAUAUAUUAUCACAUGUUCAAAUUUAUCGUAUGAGGAAGAAAUGAUUGCUGAAAAAAUUGAAACAUUGCGAUCCGAAGAAAAUAGAUUAUUAAAUGAACUUCGAGAUCGAUUAAAUAUUGAGGAAACAAAUCAAGAAGACGAAUUUGAUAUCACUAAAUUAUUCAGAAGUCGAGCACGACGGACAACUCAACAAAAAGUUCGAGCAUGCGGUAGCAAACUCGGAGCACUAGUCACAAAUACAUGUCCAAACGGUUGCACAGUACAGUCUGGUUAGUUGAUUUUAUUUCUAGAAAUUUCAAAAAUAAGUUUCGAUUUUCAGAAUGGCUUGAGACUGGAAUAUCAAAAGCAUGUUGUGAAAGAAUGUGUAAUAAGGCUGAAAUUAUGGCUGGCUGUUGUCCAGAUGCACGAUGA